UUAGUCAAUAUGGCUGCCACCAUGGAAAAGUAUAUUCUGUCUCGAAUGAGUAGUCUUCGGAAAUUAUAUUCAAUGUUUAAUCUCCGAAACAAUAAUGAAUUAACCUGUAUGUUCGUUUUUAUGUGUUUUUUGAUUGGCUCAUCGUUGGCAGACAAUGGAUACGAGAUGGAAGACUUUUUAAAGAGGGAAUACUCGCUGACAAAGCCAUAUCAAGGGCUGGGCUCCUCCAGUUCUUCUCAUUGGGAUCUAAUGGGUACUGCAAUGAUUACUACCGAGACUGUUCGUCUGACCCCCGACUUACAGAGCAGACAAGGAGCUGUGUGGAGCCGCAUUCCCUGUUACUUGCGAGACUGGGAGCUCCAGGUGCACUUCAAGAUUCACGGUCAAGGGAAGAAGAAUCUCAAUGGAGAUGGAAUGGCUUUAUGGUUCACCAAAGAACGCAUGCAAAUAGGUCCAGUGUUUGGGAACAUCAACCUGUUCACGGGCCUUGGGGUAUUUGUGGACACCUACCCCAAUGAAAACAAGAACCAUGAGCGAGUGUUCCCAUAUGUGUCAGCGAUGGUGGGGAACGGGACUCUGGCCUACGACCACAAUCGCGAUGGGCUGCCCACUGAGGUCGGUGGAUGCACCGCCCUGGUGCGCAACGUCAACCACGAGACCUUCCUCCUCAUCAGAUACUCCAGAAACAGGCUGACUGUAAUGCUGGACAUAGAUGGCAACCGUGAGUGGAAGGACUGUUUUGAUGUGUCAGGUGUUCACCUGCCUCAAGGAUACUUUUUUGGAGCCUCCUCUGUAACCGGUGACCUCUCAGACAACCAUGAUCUCAUCUCCAUGAAGCUGUACCAGCUGACCGUGGAGCGAACUCUGGAGGAAGAGCAGGAGGAGGAGGUCACCGUCCCCAGCGUGGACAACAUGGGCCAGUUCAAAGUGGAGGUGCAGGAGGAGGGAAUGAGUGGCGUCCAACUGUUCUUCACCAUUAUCUUUUCCAUCCUCGGGCUCUUCGUCCUGGGCGUGGUCGCUGUGGUCGUGUACGGACGCUGGAAGGAGAACAGCCGCAAGCGAUUCUACUGAGACCAGAUCAAGCACUUGAGGACGCGAGGGAGUUUGAGAAUCCACACCUUUAAAAAAAACAAAAAUAUCAUACAGUGCGCCAAUCACUUUUCCUGACGUAGCUUUGCCGAACAAAACCCCCUUGCUUCGAUACCUCGAUUGAGAAAACGGACCUCAAAAACCUGGACAACUUAGAAGAAAGUACUGGAAAGUGAAACCCGUUCAUUGUAAAUUUCCAUAGUCAUCUCAACCAGUUAUUUUCGCCUCCAGUGUUUAAGGUCAUCUCUUACUGCUAUACUAAAGAGACAGACCUAUCAGCUGCAAACUAGGACUGGGUGGCCGUAUCAACAUUUAGACAGUGAACAUAAUGGCUGUAACGAGUGCUCUUUUCUCUUUAUGUGUAUUGUUUUUCAUCAGUUUUGUGUUACUCUCUACCGGCUUUCCAAUUGCACUGUGAUAUGCCCAUUAUCAUGUGUCCAAUGGAUGUAAUUGAUGUGUAUUGUGAGCUUAAGUGCCUAGUUCAGGACCUAAACUAGGUAUACCCUAACUUGUAGUGAUGGUUUGAAGAACCUUGUCUUUGUGAAACCAUAUUUACUUUGUCUCCCAUUGAACGUACCACUCAGUUAUUCAGGUCUACCUUAGUUCUCUGUUAGAUGUAUACAUUGGAGAUGAACAAAACAAGUCUCAAUUACGUAAACUUGAGUUGUUUUCCCCGUCAGUUGUAAUGCUGAGCAUACCGCUAAUGUAAUCCUGCAGAAAGUGUGUUGUAAAGCUGUUUGUUGAAAGCUAAUUGAUUAAUGUAAUGCCUUGUAUGAUUCACUUUGUCGAUCCAUUGCUUUUUCUAAUUGAAUCUGGGGAUUUUUUUGUGUUUUUUUUUUUGCUGUGAAAGUAUUCAUUGUUUUGCAUCGUCUUUGUAGUUUUGUGAAAAGAAAAGCAUAGGGUCUCCAGUGUCUGAUGUCCAGGCUCACUGAAGGUGGUGUACCGUUUCAAGUUUGCGUGCGCUGGAUACUGUCUGCCGUCUCAACGCUGUAUAGAUCUUCUCCAGACACUCAUUUGCCGUUGCCUUACCCAAAUGCGUUGGUCCUGAACUUAUGGAAGGGACCUUGUGUAUUGCCACAUCCAAAAUGUUUACUUCAAUGUUGUCCCUUUUUAUAGCUCGUCACUGGACAGUAUGAUAGGGAUUCCUGUGGUUUGAGAGGGUAAUUUAUUGUGUCCUGUCCUGAGCCACCUUGUUGUGACACAAAUGCGUGAUUAUUUAAAGAAGUAUGAUCGGGGGUGAUGAAAAUGUGAACGCUCAUCGGGUUUCAUCAAAGCUUGUUUUAAAUCUAUAGCUGUGAGAUGUUCUUUCGUUUGUCUUUACUGAGCAUUGGUGUGUUACUGUGUCAAACCCUUUUUGAAUAAACCUUUGUAUGAUCUUAA